CGAGCGGGAGCGCGCCUCGCCCUGUUCCUUCCGUGUGUGACUGGGGCCGUUCUGAGUCCGGGCGCUCCGAUCCAUUCGCACGCACGCUGAGGAUUCGUCUCUUCCUUGUUGAGUGAAGAUGACCCUACAAUGCUUUGCACUGCUACUUCUAAUGCAAGUUGGAGGUGCUUUGCGGCACAAUAAAGUAGAUGUGGAUCCCGAAGCAUAUAUGGAUAUUUCCCAGCUGAUCUCCUACCGUGGUUAUCCCAGUGAAGAAUAUGAGGUGACGACUUCUGACGGCUAUAUCCUUUCAGUCAACAGAAUUCCCUAUGGAAUCAAUGACACUGUGGAAAGCAAAGGAUCUCGGCCAGUGGUAUUUCUGCAGCAUGGUUUACUGGCAGCUGGAAGCAACUGGGUCACAAACUUGGCCAACAACAGCCUGGGCUUUGUUCUAGCAGAUGCUGGUUAUGAUGUCUGGAUUGGAAAUAGUCGUGGAAACACCUGGUCCAGAAAGCACAGAAGUAUUCCAGUUUAUAAGGAUGCAUUCUGGAGAUUUAGCUUUGAUGAAAUGGCCACCAAAGACUUACCGGCAGUGCUAAACUUCAUCCUUGCAAAGACUGAACAAGAACAGUUGUACUAUGUUGGUCAUUCUCAGGGGACGACAAUUGGUUUCAUAGCCUUUUCUACAAUGCCAGAGCUUGCAAAGAAAAUUAAGUUAUUUUUUGGCCUGGCUCCUGUUGCGACAGUUCAUUAUGCUACGAGCCCACUGGUAAAACUUGGUCUUCUUCCAGAGUUUUUAAUCAAAGAUAUUUUUGGGAGACGGGAUUUCCUUCCACAGAACAAGAUAAUAAAGUGGCUUGCUACACACGUGUGUGACCAGUUCUUGAUUGAGGAGCUGUGUGGCAAUGUAUUCUUCAUAAUAAGUGGAUUCAAUACAAAGAAUCUUAACAUGAGCCGAAUUCCAGUCUAUUCAGCCCAUUGUCCAGCUGGAACAUCUGUACAAAAUAUUCUCCACUGGAGCCAGAAUAUAAAGACAGGAAGAUUUCAGGCUUUUGAUUGGGGUUCCGAUGAUGAGAAUAUGGCUCACUAUAAUGAGACAAUACCACCUCUAUACAACAUAAAAAAGAUGAAUGUUCCCACUGUUCUCUGGACUGGAGGUCAUGACUGGCUGGCUGAUCCCACCGACGUCACUAUGUUGCUACAUAAAUUGCCCAAGUUAAUUUACCAUAAGGAAAUCCCAGAUUGGGAACAUCUGGAUUUCAUCUGGGGCCUGGAUGCUCCAUCACGCAUGUACAGUGAAAUCCUCAAUCUCAUGAAAAAAUAUCGCUGAGUCUGGAACAACAUGCUGUAAACAUUUUUUAAAAGUAGAGUCAAUAUAUACUCCGGUUUGUGUUUUCUAGAUUUUCUCUUUCAGCUGCAUUACUGGGAUCAUUGAUGGUCUCAGGUAGUUCUUAAAAAUUAUGUACCAUAUUUUAAGUAAAGCUUCUAGACCUUCAGAUGGUUAUGGGAAAAUGUUGGGUCUGAUGUGAUUUGUCAUUGUUCACAUUAGCUUUACCACUGACAAGAAAAAAAACUGAUCAUGCCUAUAAUUACAACACAGCCAAGGUUUUCUAUUGAGUGUCUUGAUAAAGACUAAUUAGAUUAAAGACACCCUUUUUUAAAUUGAUUUUUAUUCUUGUGAAUGUUUUCUGCUCAGAGUGAGCACUUUUUUUUAAAGCAAUGCAGGCCUUGUAAUGGACUUCUGUCAUGAAGUAUGGAGCUCUAGUCAACAGAGCAGUGAUUAUACAGGGUAUUGAAGACAAUGAAUUCCUCAGUGUCCUUAAUUUCAGAAGUAAUUAAUGUAUCUGAUUCUUUUUCAGAUAAUCAUGAUAAUAAUGUGGAACACUAUCCACUGGAUUCUGUAUUUUGAUACUAAUACCACUAGUUUAAAUUUUCAACAAUAAUUUUAUUACUGAAUGCAGACUUUAUGAAAUAGAACUUAACUCAUUACCUGUGACAAUCUAUACCUCGUCAUUCAAGGUCAGAAAAUAGUUUAAUUAAAAGCUAGCUUUGUUUCAUUUAAAUACUUGGAUUCCACACAAAAAAAAACUUUGAAUGACCUGGUGUGGACUGUGCAAAUAUUGUGAUACAAAACUUGAAAGAACUCUUUACUGUGCGAGACUUUUUAUAUGGAAAUUAUUAUUAUAUAAAGCAAUAUUGUUGCUGUCUUGGGUGUAGUUUUAAUGUACUUUCAAUAGCAUAAUUUGAAUUUGUAACAUUUAAUGCAAGUCAGAUACUGAGCACAACUCCACCUGGUCCGGUAAACUGGAAUAAUGAGCGCAUCAUGCAGAGUGACAAUUCAUUGUUCCAUUAUGUACUGACCUUGCUAGUACAGGGUGGGAGUCCCUUUUCUCAUUUAAAAUGUUUGCAACAUAAAUUUGUAAAACUAGCCACAAAGUAACAACUUUCAUUUUCAUUUUCUUUAGUAAUGUCUGUGGAUUUGCUGUGAACCUGACAGCUUCUGGUACAUUGCAAUCAAUGUGUAUUUGUGUUAAUUCAGAACAAGCAGGGUUGAGGUAUCUGUCAGCAUUCAUAGCUGAAUUUCAGAACAGUAGAUAUAAGGUAGCGAUAAUCUGAACAUAAUUGUUAUGGUGCUUAAAGAUUGGAAUGCUGGUGGAUGAUGAUGCAAAACUUCUGAACUGCAGAAGAUAGUUGUAAUACUGUGAAAUCCAUCAAGUUUGCCUCUUGUUUUAUAGUGCCUGUCAUAUGUCUUGCUAUUACAAUGGAUCAAUUUCAAUAAAGAGUAAGCUACUAUGCUUUCACAUUAAUUAUAAAAUAUUGUGUCCACUUUUAAACAGACCUGAAUGGUAAACCAAUUGCAGUGCAUUUGGACUUUAAGGUACUAUAUG